AUGGCAAGCUUCUUCGGCUCCCCUACAAAAGUCAUAGGCGCGUCUAUCGCCCUGCGCGCCGUUCUACUUGUCUACGGCGCCUGGCAAGACGCCCACUCACCCAUCAAAUACACCGACAUCGACUACCUCGUCUUCACCGACGCAGCGCGGUACGUCUCGCGCGGCGCAUCUCCCUACGCGCGCGACACGUACCGCUACACGCCGCUGCUCGCCUGGCUUCUCCUCCCGACGGCAUGGGACAUCCCGGGCUUCUUCUCGUUCGGGAAGGCGCUGUUUGCGCUUGCGGAUGUCGUCGCGGGCUGGCUGAUCGCUAGAGUGCUGGUGUCGGCGUAUGGGAUGAGCCAGCCGAGGGCGCUGAAGUACGCGAGUGUCUGGUUGCUGAACCCCAUGGUUGCGAAUAUCAGCACCCGCGGCAGCUCGGAGGGGUUGCUGGGGGUUCUGGUUGUGGGGUUGUUGUGGGCGGUGCUGAGUCGGAGGGUGACUCUCGCGGGGGUGAUUCUGGGACUGGGCGUGCAUUUCAAGAUUUAUCCGUUUAUUUAUGGGCCGGCGGUUCUGUGGUGGUUGGAUGCGGAGAGGGAUGGUUCCCCUUCGGCUACGGCUACAGCUAGAGCUACGCGGGAGAAAGAAAGGAACCAGGACAUCAUAUCAAAGGCUAUCAACUUCCUUACCCCCGCCCGCAUCCACCUCACCCUCGUCGCGCUGGCCACCUUCUCCGCCCUCAACGUCUCAAUGUACAUCCUCUACGGCCUCCCCUUCGCCCACCACACCUACCUCCACCACCUCACCCGCAUCGACCACCGCCACAACUUCUCCCCCUACAGCACCCUCCUCUACCUCUCCGCCGCAGGCGGCGCCCGCACCGCCUUCGAGUCCCUCGCUUUCAUCCCCCAGCUUCUCCUCGCAGUGGUCGUCAUCCCACUGGUCCUGGGGAAGAAGAGUCUGGCGGGGACGAUGCUCGCGCAGACGUUUGCGUUUGUGACGUUUAAUAAGGUUUGCACGAGUCAGUAUUUCCUCUGGUACCUCGUCUUCCUGCCUUUCUAUCUCCCGUCUUCAUCUUUGAUGAAGAAUCCGCGGAAGGGGAUCCUUGUUGGGCUGUUGUGGGUUGUUGCUCAGGCCCUCUGGCUCCAACAGGGCUAUAACCUCGAGUUCCUGGGCUUGUCAAGUUUCGUGCCGGGGUUGUUCCUGGCGAGCUCGUUUUUCUUUGUGGUUAAUGUUUGGAUUCUGGGGAUUAUUGUGGAGGAUGUGGGGGGUGUAGGCACUGGCUCGGCUUGA